GCUCUCUUGGGGCGAGGAGUCACACCCACGUAAUGCUCGGCCUGUAUCCCUUUGUUUCGGAGACACACCUCGCUGCGCUUGAAUUAAGACCUGCCAUGCGGUGACUGGCCAAUGAACUUGCAUUUCCUCGCUUGAGAGAAAUGCGCGUGGAUAACGGCCGGAGAGUCGCGUUCACGGGUAUUGAUGCGCAAGGCCUGUUCGUCAAGGGCUUCAUCAACCGGUUGGAAUUAAAUCGGGUCCACGAUCGAUGCUACCAAAAGCCAUGCGAGAAAAUGAACACCGUCCCUUCCUUGGUGCGCUACAGCAACCAAUAUGGAACGCUAUGGCCACGGGCCAUGACAGGUUGCCGAAGAGACACAGCGCGGAAGCGCCACUCUAAUUACGAGUGACCCACCCACCACCACGCACGACGCUGCGCAAGGUUGACUGCUUGGCCAUGCUGCGCUUACGGAUGGUCCAUGCUCAUCAGGGAAAAUGAGCUCUGAUCAGGCCGAGGAGCUUGCUCGGCCGCCCUCUCGCGCGUGCGCUAGUUCACGGGCCACUGUGUCUUGAGAGGAGGAGAAGGCAGACAUCGAUCGCUUUCGAAAAGCGUUGCGUCUCAGCGUCCGACUACAUAGGCGGCCCCUGUGCUUCCAGCGACUCCGGCAGUGUCACACCUGUGGACUGUCCGUCAUCGAACGUCUUUGCGUGCCUUACUGCCUCAGCUUCUACCAGCCAGUUACGCCCCGCAUUUAUUUCUCGAAUCCACCCACCAACAAGCGACUGCUGAUCAUCCCG